ACGGCUCCGCAGCCGCCUGAUCCUGAGCAGCCCGGAUAUCAUGCUGAAUCAGAUCGAAUGGAUGACGAUGGUUACCCAAUAGUUGUCGAUCUUGGCACCAGUGAAAGGCAAUCACGUUUGGCUCGACAGCGUCUCAUCGAUGAAGUCAUUCAAGAACAGGCUUUUGACCAGGAUGUAAUUGAAGAACUGGAGCGUGCAAAUAUGCGUCGAGUGUUUGAGGAUAUUGAGGAUGCGGAAGGCGAACACUCGGCACAAAGACGUCGCGCCACCGCGAAUGGCAUUGUUAGCGGUGAAGAUUCACUGACACCACAGGUGGAAGCAGCGAUUGCUAACUAUAUGGUUCGAAAGUAUGCAGACCCUGCAAACAAUAAUGCAAACGCUGCCAUGCACAUGGAGGAACAAGAUGAGCCGGGUCCCUCAGUGCCCAUAGACAGAUCAAAUAGACCAGCAAAUAUCCAACCAGCAAGUCGCAAUACUUCCGAUCAUCCAGCAAACAAUCUGAUUGCAAUAGGACGUCGUGCUAGUCCAAUCGCUGAACACAGAACUAACAGAGCUUACGGAGGUAAAUCCUGUUCAAAGAAGACAUGA